AUGUCAAAUUCACGUUCGAUCCCGGGCAGUGGCCCAUUCUUCGUGCACAUCGAGGGGCUUCCUGCGAGAUACACUUGGCACGACUUGAAAGAUCUGAUCAAGAACCGGGCUACACACGGCCUUUGGGCAGAUAUGGCAGUCUUUGCGAAUGGGCGACCUACUAGUGAAGGCGUGGGCUACGCCAGAGUGGGGUUGCAGGUUGAAGCCAUGCAACUUUAUCAAUGGCUUGCGAACGACGUCAUCGAGGGCAACCGUCUGAGAGUCCACCUGUGGGACAUUAGCAAUGUCAACAGUGCCCGAUUCUUACAGUGCAAUUGUGGACACAGUGCACGAAGUCUUCCAGCAGUCAACGGCAUUCUACCAAUGGUGGCAGCGUCGUUGCAGUGGCAGCCCUUGACGCCCGGGCCCGCCGUUGUGCCAUCCGCUCGUCAGUUCUCGACAGGCCAAACCCGUACACGGAUGAGUGUUCCCAACCCCAACGGAGUGCCAGUCCAGUGGAGCUCCCAGCAAAUGGGUGGCCCAAUGCCACAGUACGGGAUCAACCCUCAGACUGCGUUGGCCCAAGGCUAUGCCAUUCAACAAACGCAAGCACAGGCAGCGACGUUGGCUCAACCGGCAUACAACACUGCACGCCUUCCAGUCAACAUGAUGUAUGGAGCUGUUCGGACGGAAGCGCGAGGUGUGUAUGUGAGCCAUCUACCUUACAGUGCAAGCGAGAAGGAUAUCAAAAAUUGGUUCAGUCAAGCGGGUCGCAUCGUCGAAUUCCGCCUCAAUAUCGACAGAACAACAAAGAAAUCCAAAGGCAACUGCACCAUUCAAUAUGGUUCCAUUGCUGAGGCAAAAAGAGCCAUUGACAUCUUCCAUGAGAAGAACUUCAUGGACAUGAAGCUCCAGGUCCGAUUCGACAAGACAGCUAAACCUGUUGUACCGACAUCCCAAUCAAACCCUGGCAGGAGUGCAGCUGGAUCAUUAAUCGUUGAUAGCAACAGGCCAUACAGCCAACGUAUCAUGGCCACUUGA